CCACUUCUCCUACAACUCGUUGUUAACGCACCAUGUCAGCCCCCGAUCCCACCACCUUUUUCGCCAAAGCCAACCAAUACCUCAUGCCCACCGGGGUUCCCAUCUCCCCACUCAUCAUCACCAAAGCCAAAGGUACCCGUCUAUAUGACACCAACAACCGACAAAUCCUGGACUUCACCUCCGGCCAAAUGAGCGCUCUGCUCGGCCACUCCCACCCCGAAAUCGUAUCCGUCAUCCAGCACUAUGCUGCCGAACUGGACCACCUCCUCAGCAACAUGAUCACCCAGCCGGUGGUCAACCUAGCUGAGCGUCUAGCCCAUCUUCUCCCCGCCCCUCUAGAGAAGUCCUUCUUUCUCAACACCGGCUCCGAAUCCACCGAAGCAGCCAUCAAAAUCGCCAAAGCCUACACCGGAAAAUUCGAAAUCAUUGCCUUUGCUGCCAGUUACCACGGGCUUACUCAAGGGGCAGGAUCAGCCACCUACUCUGCUGGUCGGAAGAACGGCGGUCCGUGUAUGCCGGGCCAACUGGCAUUUCCGGCUCCCUACGCGUACCGCUCUCCCUUUCGCAAGACCGAUGGGUCUUAUGAUUGGGAAACGGAGUUGGAGUUUGGAUGGUCACUGAUCGAUCAGCAAAGCGUGGGGUCUCUGGCGGCCUUUAUUAUGGAACCUAUUCUCUCGAGCGGUGGGGUCCUUGAUUUACCGGAUGGGUACCUGCAACGGAUGGCGUUGGAGUGUAAGAAGCGGGGUAUUCUGCUGAUCAUGGACGAGGCGCAAACGGGAGUGGGUAGGACGGGCCGAAUGUUUGCGUUCGAGGAAGCGGGAAUUGUUCCGGAUAUUCUUGCUUUGUCCAAGACACUUGGAUGUGGGCUUCCCUUGGCGUCGGUGAGUACGACGGCUGAAAUCGCGCGUGGAUGUGCGGAGGCGGGGUUCCUUUGGUUGACCACUCAUCUUAAUGAUCCACUUACUGCGUCGGUGGGGAAUAAAGUGCUUGAGAUUGUUGAGAGAGAUCAUGUCUGCCAACGGGCGGUGGAGCGGGGUGCACAGUUGAGGCAUGGCCUGCUUGAGCUUCAAGAGAAAUAUUGGUGUAUUGGAGAUGUGCGAGGUCGGGGUCUGUUGCAGGGUAUUGAGAUCAUCUCGGAUCGAGAGACCAAGGCUCCUGGCCCGGAACUCGGCCAGGCAGUAUCAGACCGCGCCAUGGAGUGCGGACUGUCGUGCAAUGUGGUCAAUUUGCCUGGUAUGGGAGGGGUGUUUCGUCUUGCGCCGCCAGUGACGGUCUCGGCAGAGGAGAUCGAGGAGGGGUUGCGUAUAUUGGAUGAGGCUUUUGCCUAUGUGCUUGCCGGGGGUCAGGGUAGGUUUGCAUAAUUACAGCCUAUCUUCCUAGCCAUAGUCUAGCACAUACGAUUUGACAGUUCUGGCACUGCUCCCUGAAAUAUUAUUGCAUCCCAUUGGUAUCCAGCGCGGUCAUAGGGAAAGCAGGGUCCCAAUAACCAUUGGGUAGUGAAAGAUCCAAGAAGUCACCAAAUAUGACGUCAAUAUCUGCGAAACCAUCUAGGGCCAGAUCUUGUAGCUCAUUGUGUGAAGAUUCGGCGUUGGCCGAAUGCUCUCUAGUUGAAUCGAUCGAAGUUGAAUUCACCCAAGUGAUGCGGUUUCCGUGACCACUCAUACCAACAGGAGGCUGCGUUGUAUUCCCAGUCAUAGUCAAACCCGGCUGGUUGUCAGGGCGUUCGUGGAUCUGGUUCACGGCUUUGCGCCCCAACU